AUGAACUCCACCAUGGACUCUGCAACUAAGAAGCAAGAGGACCCCGCCUCCACCUCCUCCGCUCCCACCUCCACCUCCGCUCCCGCCUCUCCCUCCGCCCCGGGCCCGGCCGCGACCUCCGUCUCUCAGGAGACCGAGGCAGUGCCUAAGGCCAGCGAUGAAGAGUUCAUGCUGACUCUUCUCAGUCACGCAAAGCUCGACAUGACGGCUGCUGCGAAUGAGCUUCGGAUUACCAAGGCCGCCUGUCGGAUGCGUUUCAUCCGAUUGCAGCAGAAGUACGGUUUCAAACAGGUUGGCCCUAAGCGCACCCCACGUGGAAAGAAGGGAGCUGCGAAUGCCGAUAAGAAGGCCGGCUCCACUAGCGAGGUGCCUGCUACCUCAGAGGAGGCAGAUGCUGCGGAGAACAAUGCCGAGGACGCCGAUGUGAAGGAGGGCACCGAGAACUAA